GUCCCCCGUGGGCAGGCUCUGUGCGUGCAGCCGCGGAUCCCCAGGGCCACUCGCCUCUUGGGACAACCAUUCCAGAACCAUGAAGACCAAGAACCGGCCCCCUCGGCGCCGGGCACCGCUGCAGGACCCUGAGGCCACCAUGGAAGAGAGGACCCCCGAGAGGUCUCAGCCGGGCUCGGGGCCAGAGCUGACCAGGGGGCUGCCGAACAGGGCGGCCAAGGCAUCAGGGGUGCGGGCCGAGGUGGGGCGGCGGCGGCAAGGACCUGCUGGCCGGCGUGACAACAGUGUCCAGCGGCGGCUGGAGAGCAACGAGCGGGAGCGCCAGCGGAUGCACAAGCUCAACAACGCCUUCCAGGCCCUGCGUGAGGUCAUCCCGCACGUGCGCGCCGACAAGAAGCUCUCCAAGAUCGAGACGCUCACGCUGGCCAAGAACUAUAUCAAAUCGCUCACCACCACCAUCCUCACCAUGUCCAGCGGCUGCCUCCCUGACCCAGCACCCAGCUCCAAACUUUACCAACACUAUCAGCAGGCCACUGGGGGUGUGCUCGGGGACACCGAGGCACAGCCGCAGGGCCAUCUACAGCGAUAUUCUACGCAGAUCCACAGUUUCAGAGAGGGCAGUUAGCGCCAGGCCCCAUGGGAGGGUGGCAGGGGUGGCUUGCUCUGUCCACCCCAGCCCUUGCCCCUCACUCCUCCAGGCUACAGCCCCAGGAGCUCCACUGACCCUGACCACAGCCUUCUCGGGCCGCCCAGGGCCAGGUGAGGCAUCUGGUUAAGGCGGCUUGAGGCCCGAACUCAACUCUGGAGCAAAUACCAGGCACUGUGGUCACUGCACAGAGCCUGGACAAGUGGGAGAGACCCUCGCCUGCCUCACUAAAUUCUCUCCACCUGUGCUGGCAAUAGGAUGCUCCUCACAAGGGACGAUUCUAGAUUAUUUGUGAAUUUCCUGCUGCUGUGAAGCCUUAAUCAUAGCCCUGGAAUCAGCCUUCUCAGCUGGGGUAAACUGAGGCCUGGAGUGAGCAGGGCCAAGCCAACCCUAAUUAGAUGACCUGAGGUUCUGUUCUUUCCAAAAGACAUCUAGUUGGGGUUGGCCAGGCUCCCUUCCCCUCCCCCCACAAAUGGGUGAGUUAGACAAGGUUGGCCCCUGGCCACAGAGGGCCUGCGACGCUGACAUGGAAGGGGCACCUUGGAGAUGGGACUGGAAACAAAGUGGGGUGCCCCUGGGGAGACAUUUCCCGUGCAAGAAGAGGGUUGGGUUUGUCCCUGGCCAGGCGCAGGCUCCCACCCGCCCUAGCUCGUCUCAGACGUGAGGAGCCUUGGCACAGGGCAGUCUGAUGGGACAGUUCUUGGCCCUGUUUGAGUUGGAGGCCUUCAGCACUUCCUGGCAGGGGAGCCUGAAAUUGACAGGAACUUCCACCCCCACCUGGUGCUGCUCCAAAAUGCCAGGGAGCCAGGGGCUUGGCAGGCCUCACUGCCUGGGACCCAGCUUCCUUCUGGCGGGUCCUUCCUGUCCCACUGGCUCUGCUGGACUUGGCCACUUUUGCUGUUGGCCGUCUCCCUGC